CCGCAUCGGAUCAGAUAAGAUGUCCGGUCACAACAGUAGGGGGUAGAAUGGUAGUAGAUCAGGUCAUUCAGAGCAAUUUAAUCCUUCAGUCCAGUACUCUUAGACCGUGGAGACCGUACAUAUACGUCGAUUCACCCAGGUCAUCGCCCCCAAAGACAACAAGGGGGGAAACUUGAGUUCACAGUCAUCCACCACGCACAGAAAAAUCAACAACGCACAGAUAUCCCCAAACAAAGACCUAAAAAAAAAAGGAAAAAAAAAAACACCACCACACCCUGGCACUGGCAAAAAUGCUCCCCAGCCUCCUCCUCAUCCUCAAAACCCUCCACCUAACCCUUACACAACUGACCACCCACAUCACUCUCGCGCUCGCCCCGCGCCUCCACCGCCUAACCUAUCGCACCGUCAGGGACCCGAAGAACAUUGUCGUGAUUGGCGCCUCCUUCGCCGGCUACCACGCCGCUCGGGCUCUCGCCUCCACCCUCCCGACAGGCUACCGCGUCGUUGUCAUCGAGCGGAACUCCCACUUCCAGCUCGCGUGGGUCCUGCCCCGGUUCUGUGUUGUGGCCGGCCACGAACAGAAGGCUUUCAUCCCUUACGGGGGGUAUCUUGCGCCUGUGGUGGAGGGGGCGUUUAAUUGGGUUACUGGGGCGGUGGGGAGGAUUGUUCUUGCGACUGGUCCAGGAGGGGGAAAAGUCGUGCUGGAGGAGUCAGGCGAGGAGAUUCCGUUUGAGUAUUUGCUCGUGGCAACGGGGGCGGUGGCUGCGGGUUUACCGUCGCGGGUUGGUGUGAGGACGAAAGAGGAGGGGAUGGAAAUGCUGAGAAGCGAGCAGGAGAGGAUUCGGCCCGCGCGGGAUGUGGUCGUGCUUGGGGGUGGGGCGGCGGGGGUGGAGAUGGCCGGGGAUGUGAAAGAGCGUUAUCCCGGGACAAAUGUCACGUUGGUGCAUUCGAGGGACAGGUUGUUGAAUCGGGGGUAUGGAGAGGGGUUGAGUCGGAGGGCGUUGGAUGGGUUGCAGGCACUGGGGGUGAAGGUGUUGUUGGGGGAGAGGGUGGUGAUGGACGACCAGCUGGAGCGAACGGAAGAGGUCAAGUUGGAGUCAGGUCAAGUGGUAAAAUGUGAUUGCUUGAUCAAAUGUGUCGGGCAAAGGCCGAACUCAGGCUUGGUGAGGGAAAUAUCGCCUUCGUCCAUCGCUGAGUCUGGUCAUAUUCGCGUCCGUCCUACGUUGCAGCUUGUGGACAAGCUCUGCAGUCGGAUAUACGCAGCUGGAGAUGUGAUUGAGGUGAAUGCGGUGCAGAAUGCGCGUGGCGCAUUUCAGCAGGCGGAGGUGGUUGCAAUGAACAUCGUGCGAGUAAUCAAGGGCAAGACUCUUGUCGAGUACCAGCUAGGAUGGUGGGAAGGUGCGACAAAGUUGACACUCGGCCUGAAGAAAAGUGUGAUGUACAUGAGUGACGGGUCGGCCGAGUUGAUUCUGUCCACCAAAGGCAAGGAGGAGCUGGACAGUGCCCGCGUCUGGAAAUUCUUCGGGCUGAAACCUUCUGUCGAUAUUCACAAAGAGAAGAGCACUUAAGGGAGGCUCUUAGAAUUUCAGCGUUUUUUAUGCAUUCAGCAUUUUUUAAGCAAUGAGAAUAGCGUGCGAUCUUCCUGUACGCUGGGACGCCAAUUCUCAGCCAGUCCUCUAUUCCGGAGCCCACCCCCGAACGUGUCUCGAGCGUUGAUAAG